GAUGAGAUGACAGCAACGUUUCUACAUCAUAUAAUAGCGCUGGUAGCUAUUUGCUCUGAUCUCGGGCGUGACAUCAUUUGGUAGCGACAGAAAUAUGGCGACUAUUAUGGCAGUUCGUGUGUGCAGUGGGAGAUUAGCUCUUGUGGGUUGCAUUCACAGCUUAGUGAAAAAUACACUCAGACUGCAGACUCCCGUGGUCCUUUCUCGAACCAGUUUUCCCUUGAGUGUGAGAAAUUAUGCUGUAGAGGCAAAAAAGAACUAUGUACGAGAUAAGCCUCAUGUGAAUGUUGGUACUAUUGGACAUGUGGACCAUGGGAAAACUACUCUAACUGCUGCAAUCACUAAAGUUCUUGCAGAGACUGGUGGGGCAAGGUACAAGAAAUACGAAGAUAUUGACAAUGCACCUGAAGAAAAAUCUCGAGGGAUCACUAUCAAUGCCUCGCAUGUGGAAUAUGCAACAGCUAAUCGCCAUUAUUCCCACACAGACUGCCCUGGGCAUGCGGACUACGUGAAGAACAUGAUCACUGGAACUUCCCAGCUGGAUGGCUGCGUUCUGGUUGUUGCAGCAACAGAUGGACAAAUGCCUCAGACCAGGGAGCAUUUACUCCUUGCUAAACAGAUUGGUGUAGAGCAUAUGAUUGUUUAUAUUAACAAAGCUGAUGCCGUAGAAGACAAGGAAAUGCUAGAUCUUGUAGAACUUGAAAUCCGUGAGCUGCUAUCAGAAUUUGGAUAUGACGGAGAAAAGACUCCAGUUAUUGUUGGUUCAGCCCUUUGUGCACUUGAGAAUCGAAACCCAGACUUGGGAGUCAAAUCCAUCCUAAAGCUUCUAGAUUCUGUUGAUAAUUACAUUCCUUUACCCGCACGUCAACUGGAAAAGCCAUUCUUACUACCCAUCGAAGCGAUCUAUUCCAUUCCUGGGCGUGGUACUGUAGUGACUGGCACGCUGGAGCGAGGGCUUGUGAAAAAGGGAGAUGAAUGCGAGUUUGUUGGACACAACAAGAACAUCCGGUCUGUUGUCACAGGGAUUGAAAUGUUUCAUCAGAACCUUGAUCAUGCAGAAGCAGGCGAUAAUCUGGGUGCCCUAGUACGGGGACUAAAGCGUGAAGAUGUGAGAAGAGGAAUGGUGAUGUGCAAACCUGGAUCCAUCAGACCUCACCAGAAGGUCGAAGCCCAGGUAUAUGUCCUCAGCAAAGAGGAAGGAGGCCGCCAUAAACCAUUUGUGACAAACUUCAUGCCUGUUAUGUUUUCUCUGACAUGGGAUAUGGCAUGUCGAGUUGCUCUUCCUGCAAGCAAGGAAAUGGUGAUGCCAGGAGAAGACACAUCUCUGACACUCACACUCCGACAGCCAAUGGUUCUGGAAAAGGGACAACGUUUUACACUACGGGAUGGAAAUCGAACCAUUGGUACUGGGCUUGUUACUGGUGUGUUAGAAGUGAGUUCUGAGGAUAAUGUCAACUGGGGUUAAAGGUCAGCCAGUUUUCCAUAUCAAGCCCAAGAAAUCUUUUGAUAAGAAAAUUCAGUAGGCACUCAGUACAUUAAAAAACUUCUGGUACAUAGAGAAUUUCUUUAUUUUCACAACCGGUGAAAAUGGCUACCAAACUGGGGUAUAACUUGAAUUCAACUUUAAAUAUUCCCUUUAAAAAAAAUGGUUGCUUUUUUUAUGUAGGAGCACCUUCUUCGCAGCUGUUAGUUUCUUGGUUAACAUUUGCUUGCCCUUUACUGAAAUACACCACUCGUCACCCUGGUAAAUGAGCUGUUAUUGCUACUUUUCAUGUUUAUGAAGCCAGAUGAAAAUCAAAGAAAUGAAAGGCCUUUCCCCCUCUGACUUGCAGUUUUUUGGUAGCAACUUGCCAAGGCAUGUAUGUAACUCUGUGCCCCAUUUGUCACAUGUAUAAUUCACUCCUGUCCCUUGCAGUUGGCUGACUUUCACAGACCUCUUUGAUUCACUGGCGGGGGGGGGGGGGGGCUAGUGUCUUUCUGCCCUUAUUUCUGCUGAUGUUCACCAGCCAUAAAAGGUAUAAAACACCAGACAUCUUUUUGUGAUGCAAGUUGGGUGGUAUUUUUUGUAUCCCACUGGCAGUUGCUGGUACCCUGGGGAGUACUACGCGGACCUCUGUGGAGAGUCAUUUUGGUCUUCCAGAGGUGGAUUGUAACAGUCUGCUUGAUUCAGAGAGCAUCAAAACAGAAGAGGAAGCACCUUUUGUAUCAGAAGUCGUUUGUUUGAUCAUGUUGAUAUAGUUGCAUUCUUUCCUUAUUCUGUCAAACAUCUGCAGGAAGUGUUCAGCAUCUUCAGUCUUGGCAUUAUACUGACACCGAAUGAUAUGUUUGGGAGUACACCACAUGCCAGAGUUGUUAUUGAUGGGGUUCAAUAAUUGUUUCAUUAUGUAAUAUUAAAAAAAAUAUGUAUUUAAUGAGACUUGUUUCUGCUAUCCAGUAUUGGCACUGGGAAGUUAGCUGUCCUUUUCCUAAACCUAUUUUUUUUAAAUAAAUCUCAACAAACAUUUA